AUGUCUUCGGACGCUGAGAUGGCCAUCUUUGGGGAGGCGGCUCCUUACCUCCGAAAGUCAGAGAAGGAGAGAAUUGAGGCCCAGAACAAACCUUUCGAUGCCAAGACAUCGGUCUUCGUGGUACAUGCAAAGGAAUCCUUUGUGAAAGGGACAAUCACGAGCAGGGAAUCCGGAAAAGUCACUGUCAAGACUGAAAAGGGAGAGACCCUGACUGUGAAAGAAGAUCAAAUCUUCUCCAUGAACCCUCCCAAGUAUGACAAAAUCGAGGACAUGGCCAUGAUGACCCACCUGCACGAACCCGCUGUGCUGUACAACCUCAAAGAGCGUUACGCAGCCUGGAUGAUCUACACCUACUCGGGUCUCUUCUGCGUCACCGUCAACCCCUACAAGUGGCUGCCGGUGUACAACCCCGAGGUGGUGUUGGCCUACCGAGGCAAGAAGCGCCAGGAGGCCCCUCCACACAUCUUCUCCAUCUCUGACAAUGCCUAUCAGUUCAUGCUGACUGAUCGGGAGAACCAGUCCAUCCUGAUCACCGGAGAAUCCGGGGCCGGGAAGACUGUGAACACAAAGCGUGUCAUCCAGUACUUUGCAACAAUUGCAGCCAGUGGGGACAAGAAAAAGGAGGAGAAGUCAUCAGGCAAAAUGCAGGGAACGCUUGAGGAUCAAAUCAUCAGCGCCAACCCACUGCUGGAGGCCUUUGGAAACGCCAAGACUGUGAGGAACGACAACUCCUCACGCUUUGGCAAAUUCAUUCGAAUCCACUUUGGUGCCACAGGCAAACUGGCUUCUGCUGAUAUUGAAACAUAUCUGCUGGAGAAGUCCAGAGUCACUUUCCAGCUCAAGGCGGAAAGGAGCUACCACAUCUUUUAUCAGAUCAUGUCCAACAAGAAGCCAGAGCUCAUUGACAUGCUCCUCAUCACCACCAACCCAUAUGACUACCAGUUUGUGAGUCAAGGUGAGAUCACAGUUCCCAGCAUUAACGACCAGGAGGAGCUGAUGGCUACAGAUAGUGCCAUUGACAUCCUGGGUUUCACUGCUGAUGAGAGAACAGCCAUCUACAAGCUGACAGGGGCUGUCAUGCACUAUGGGAACCUGAAGUUCAAGCAGAAACAACGAGAGGAGCAGGCAGAGCCUGAUGGCACAGAAGUUGCUGACAAGGCUGCCUACCUGAUGGGUCUGAACUCAGCAGACCUGCUCAAGGCCCUCUGCUACCCCCGAGUCAAGGUGGGGAAUGAAUACGUGACCAAGGGCCAAACUGUGCAGCAGGUAUACAAUUCAGUGGGUGCCCUGGCCAAGGCUGUCUAUGAGAAGAUGUUCCUGUGGAUGGUUGUUCGCAUCAACGAACAGCUGGACACAAAGCAGCCCAGGCAGUACUUCAUUGGUGUCCUGGACAUUGCUGGCUUUGAGAUCUUUGAUUUCAACAGCCUGGAGCAGCUGUGCAUCAACUUCACCAAUGAGAAACUGCAACAGUUCUUCAACCACCACAUGUUCGUGCUGGAGCAGGAGGAGUACAAGAAGGAGGGGAUUGAAUGGGAGUUCAUUGACUUUGGCAUGGACCUGGCUGCCUGCAUUGAGCUCAUUGAGAAGCCCAUGGGUAUUUUCUCCAUCCUGGAAGAGGAGUGCAUGUUCCCCAAGGCAACUGACACCUCUUUCAAGAACAAGCUCUAUGACCAGCACCUGGGCAAGUCCAACAACUUCCAGAAGCCCAAGCCUGGCAAGGGCAAGGCUGAGGCUCACUUCUCCCUGGUGCACUAUGCUGGCACAGUGGACUACAACAUUGCUGGCUGGUUGGAGAAGAACAAGGACCCUCUGAAUGAAACUGUCAUUGGGCUGUACCAGAAAUCAUCUGUGAAGACCCUGGCUUUACUCUUUGCUUCUGCUGGAGGAGAGGCAGCAGAGGCAAGUGGUGGUGGUGGUGGUGGCAAGAAGGGAGGCAAGAAGAAGGGUUCUUCUUUCCAGACCGUCUCAGCUCUUUUCCGGGAGAAUCUCAACAAGCUGAUGACCAACCUGCGGAGCACUCACCCCCACUUUGUGCGCUGCAUCAUCCCCAAUGAGACUAAAACACCUGGUGCCAUGGAGCACGAGCUGGUGCUGCACCAGCUGCGCUGUAACGGCGUGCUGGAAGGGAUCAGGAUCUGCAGGAAAGGGUUCCCCAGCAGAGUCCUCUACGCUGACUUCAAACAGAGGUGA